GGAGACAGCUGAAAUAACUGCUGUCUUCAGAGGACUGCUUUUAAGAACAAGGAGGUCUCUACCCACUGCAGCCUAAGCAGAAUCCUAUCCAUCAUGACUGCCAUCCGGCUACGAGAAUUUAUUGACCGUCACCCAGGGAUCCCACCCAGUAUAUUCAUUGCUCAUCAAGGAAAGGACCUCCAUGGCUAUUACCCUGGGCAGCUUGCAAGAGUUCAUUAUGCUUAUAGUGUGAAGAGAUCUCCCAGACCUCUCAUAGACUUGGAAAUUCCACCUAAGAGAAAAAGUCAGUAUCAGCCUCAAUUAGACCAACAAACUCUCAUUCAAUACAUUUGUUUUCGAAGACAUUCAAAGCCUGCCGAACCAUGGUAUAAAGAAACUACGUACCAAAGAGACUAUUCUUUGCCAUUUUACAAGAUGGAUUGGGACCAGAGAUUAGCCACAGUUUCAUCGGAUCCUAGACCACUUAAUUCACUGCCAGAGAAUUACUGUUGUGAAGAGAGGUGGCUUUGAAAGAAAGGAUUUUAGACUAAAGUAACCAUGGCAUUUGAACAAAA